AUGGAUCGCCAGUACACCUUUGAGGAUGUGCAGGGUGCUGACGAGGCCAAGGAGGAGCUCAUGGAUGUGGUCGAGUUUCUGCGUCACCCUGACCGCUUCACCCGCCUGGGCGGCAAACUGCCCAAGGGUGUUUUGCUCAUGGGACCGCCGGGCACGGGCAAGACGUUGCUGGCCCGGGCUGUGGCCGGUGAGGCCGGCGUGCCUUUCUUUUACUGCUCCGGCUCGGAGUUUGAUGAGAUGUUUGUUGGUGUGGGCGCCCGUCGCGUCCGCGAACUCUUUGCCGUCGCCAAGCGCAAGGCGCCGUGCAUUGUAUUUAUGGACGAGAUUGACGCCGUGGGCUCGCGCCGCUCUGGCCGUGACCAGCAGUACUCCAAAAUGACACUGAACCAGCUCUUGGUGGAGCUGGAUGGCUUCAACUCAUCUGACAAGGUGAUUGUGGUGGCCGCGACCAACUUUCCCGAGAGCCUGGACCCUGCCCUGAUCCGCCCGGGCCGUUUUGAUACACACAUCAAAGUACCGCUUCCAGAUGUGCGGGGUCGCCAAAAGAUCCUGGAAACACACGCCAGCAAGGUCCAGCUGGAUAACAAGGAAGACCUGUGGACCAUUGCCCGCGGCACUGUUGGCUUUAGCGGCGCCGAACUGGCCAAUCUCAUCAACCAAGCCGCGCUUCAGGCCUCGCGCCAACAGCGCGACUCGAUCGACCUGGCCAUGCUUGAAUGGGCCAAGGACAAGAUUCUCAUGGGUGCUGAGCGCAAACAAGCCGUCAUUACCGAGAAGGACAAGGCCGUGACCGCGUACCAUGAAGGUGGCCACGCGUUGUGCGCCCUCUAUGCACCGGGCGCAGUUCCCGUGUACAAGGCCACCAUCGUUCCUCGCGGUAAUGCCCUCGGCAUGGUUACACAGCUGCCCGAGGAUGACACCAACUCCAUGACUCGCCAGCAAAUGAUGGCCCGACUGAUCGUGUGCAUGGGAGGCCGUGCGGCCGAAGAGAAGAUUUUUGGCUACGACAAUGUCACUUCGGGGGCGUCCAGUGAUGUCGAGCAAGCCACCAAAAUGGCCCGUACCAUGGUGACCAAAUACGCCAUGAGUGACAAGGUUGGUCCAAUGAUGUUUGACGAUGAAGACGUGAUUAGCAACGAGACUCGGGCCCUGAUCGAACAAGAAACGAAACGAAUCCUUGAGGAAGCCAUGGCGGGCGCCGUUGCCAUCCUGACCAAGCAUGAAAAAGAGCAUCAUCGUUUGGCCAAGGCUCUGCUCGAGCGAGAGACCCUGACAGCAGAUGAAAUGCGUUUGAUCAUCAAGGGCAAGAAGCUACCCGAUCUCCCGUCCCCUGCUGCGCAUUAG